AGUCACAGAAUGAAUUUAUGGAAUCUGGCAAUCAUAAUCAUUAUCUUUUCACAAACUGCAACUGGAAUUCUGGGAAAUUUCUUUCUAAUUUUCCACUAUCUAGUCCUUUACUUCAGAGAAUACACAUUAAAGCCCACAGAUUUGAUUCUGAUGAAUAUAAUGGCAGCCAAUGUCUUGAUUAUUCUCUCUACAGGAGUGCCCCAAACUAUGGCAGUUUGGGGAUUUAAGCAAUUUUUGAAUGAUUUUGGAUGCAAGCUCCUAUUUUACAUUCAGGGAUGUGGUAGGAGUGUGUCCAUUGGUACCACUUGCCUACUAAGUGUCUUUCAGGCUUUGACCAUUUUCCCCAGGAAAUCCUGCUGGAAGAAUCAUAAAGUCAAAGUUGAGAAGUACAUCAUCUGCCUCAUUUCCCUCAUCUGGAUUCUGAACAUAUUCAUAAAUUUCAUCUAUUUUUCAUACAUAAUUUUCAACAGGAACAGCAAAAAUAUGUCACAAACACGAGAUUUUGGAUACUGCUCAACUGUAAGGGGGGAUGAAAUUGGUGAUUCACUCUAUGCAGCAUUGGUGGUUUGCCCUGAAGUCUUUCUUUCUGUGCUCAUGGCCUGGUCCAGUGGUGCCAUGAUUAUCAUUCUCUACAAACACAAGCAGAGGGUUCAACACAUCCGCAGCUCUCACGGUUCCAGUAGAAACUCCCCUGAGUUCAGAGUCACCCAGAACAUUCUGAUCCUUUUGUCUAACUUUUUGGCUUUUUACACUGUCUCUUCCAUGGUAAGAGGCUCCAUUGCUCUUUUAAAUAGUCACAACUGGUGGCUGGUGAAUAUUAGUACCCUGACUUCUCUGUGUUUUCCAUCUUUUGGACCAUUUGUUCUCAUGAAUCAUUCUAUUUUGUCCAGGCACUGUUUUGUCCUGAUAAGAAAUAAAAAUCAUUGA